GCCUGCGCUGUGCGCACGCGCCCUGCCCGCCCGAGCGGGGAUCGGCGCACGCGCGCGGCGCGGCGCUCCUUUUCUGCCCCCUCGCUGGAGCCGCCAUGGCGCCCGUGAAGAAGCCCGCAGCGAAAGGUGGCAAAAAAAAGAAGCAGGUGUUGAAAUUCACUCUGGACUGCACCCACCCGGUGGAAGAUGGCAUCAUGGACGCCGCCAACUUUGAGCAGUUCCUGCAGGAAAGGAUCAAAGUGAAUGGCAAAGCAGGGAACCUGGGUGGGGGUGCGGUGACCAUUGAGAGAAGCAAGAGCAAGAUCACGGUCACGUCAGAGGUCCCGUUCUCAAAGAGGUACCUGAAGUACCUGACCAAGAAGUACCUGAAGAAGAACAACCUGCGGGACUGGCUGCGUGUGGUGGCCAACAGCAAGGAGAGCUACGAGCUGCGCUACUUCCAGAUCAACCAGGAUGAGGAGGAAGAGGAGGAGGAGGAUUGAGCUGCCCGCCCCCCCCCCCGCACCGUUUUGUACAGUUUUGCUUUCCUGCAAUAAAGGGCGGGGAGAGUUGUUGAUA